AGGUCACUAAGGUCACCAAAGUCACCAAGAUUAUCAAGGCCACCGAUGUCACCCAUCUCGCAGCUAGCGCAGGCCCCAGGGUGGUGGAAGGGACGUUGAACGGAGUACGGGGUACGGGAUACGCCAACCAACGAGUACUCCACAACGCCAAGGCUUUUGUCGCUACUCAAAGUGCUGAGACACGCAAACCAAAUUUCUGUUUUUGAAUUCUGGGUUCCCUUUUCAAGUCAUCGAAGCGGCUUUAUUUUACUACAUAUUCCGCGGCAACGUCGUCCUCCUCUAUGAGCAUGCACGGACACUCGCGGAUUCCUCCAGUAUGUCCAAUCCAGUAAUCAUUGUGACUUGCCCGACCCCUACCAGCCCGUCACCUCCAGAUUCGAUAGUGAAAUUCCUGUAGCCAUGCCCGUGUCGCCUACAGAUACAGAGAGUGUGGCGUCCAGGAUGUCAGAACACCCUGCAGCGGGGCUGUCAACCUGGUCCUCCGGCUGCAGCACCUACUCCACACUACUCGACGAGGAGUCUUCCGCCUCGAUGAUGCGAGCUAUCUAUCUCGGCGACUUGCUAACAGCGGGGCGGCUGCUCUUACGCGGCAUCCCUGUCCCUGAGAUCCCUGCUGUGCUAGCUCUCUUGGGUCAACCAGAACUUGACCUCAACCGGCCAACCAACUGUCCCAAUGGUGAUAGAAUCAUUCACUUUCUGCUACGUACUUCCGCCAGCAACUUUCAGAGCAGCAAAAUCGAGACUCUCAAGGCAUUCCUCUCAAGGGGCCUCAAUCUAACACAGCAGGGUGCACAAGGUGACACCGUCUUCCAUCUCCUCUGCGGACCUCUCGGCUCGGCCCCGGAUGAGGACGAAAAUCUUUCUCUUUUGCGUUAUUUACUGGAGGAGGGGUUCGCUGGCUCUCCGCAAGAUCUUGACAUUGUUAACUUCAGAAAUGAUUUCGGGAAUACGCCAUUGCUUGUGGCAGUUCUCUAUGGAUUUAGCAAAUGCGUAGAGUAUCUGCUGGAAACGGGGGCCGAUCCCGAAAUCAGGGGAGAAGAGGGCAGGAAACCUCUGUCAUGGGCAAUUCAGCGCGGGUAUUUGGGUAUAGCCAAUGCGUUGCUCGACUACGGGGCAGCUUUUGACAAAGAUAUCGCGAUGGAAACGGACGUGUCAGUGAUGAAGAGAAUUAUCAGAGACUACUGUAAAUUACGUAGCUAAGUUAUCUCAAGUUUUGCUUCGUGAGUGCUAGCUAAUAUACAAUUUGACCUUUGUGU